AUGCCUAUUUUGCCACGGCAUAUAGUCAUCCAAGACGCCGUUGACGCCAACGACCCUGUGCGCCUUCAGCAAAUCCGCCAGAGCAUACACAACAGUAUUUCGAAUUCGCCUAUCGGCUCUUCUCCUUCUCGAUCGACUUUCUCAAACUCGCACUCACAUGGUCAUGGCCCCUCGGCGCCGUUUGGCCUCCCCAGCAUGUCAUUUCCCACUACCCACGGUAGCCUGUCUAAUGGCCAGCGCUUCAACGGGUCGCCAUCAGUGACACUUGCUUUUAAGUCGAGUCCUUUUUACCAGAUCGAGGCGCGUGCUGGCGACGUGAAGGUUUGCGAUGUCAUGGCGCAACACCGCAACACGGUAACCUAUCCCAUCAAACUGGAAGACCAUCAUUAUCUACAGAAGUGUGUUAAUGAUCCUUCGUACCGAGUGAUGGUCUUCUGCGCUGGGGACUGCCUAGGAACGCAAGAAGUCGCUUUUCCUCACCAGUCUGAGCUUAAGGUCAAUGGUGGUGACAUCAAAGCCAACUUGCGCGGCCUGAAGAACAAACCUGGCUCUACUAGACCAGUUGACAUCACCAAAGCGCUCAGGCUUCGGCCAAAAUAUACGAACAACGUUGAAUUUACAUAUGCGUUGACCUCCAAGGCAAGUUUUAGUCAAAAAUUCUAUUUUGUGAUCAACAUCUGCAAGAUUACUUCCGUUGAAGAGCUUGCAGGACGUAUAGCUAACGGAAAGAAAAUAUCGAUUGAGGCUGUGAAGCAAGAACUCAAUGCCAAAGCGCAGGAUCCCGAUGUUGUAGCAACCUCACAGGUACUGUCGCUCAAGUGCCCACUGUCAUAUAUGCGCCUAGCGCUUCCAUGCCGUGGCCUGAGUUGCACCCAUCUGCAAUGCUUUGAUGCUACAUCAUAUCUUCAACUGCAGGAACAGGGUCCGCAAUGGCAAUGUCCCAUUUGUUACAAAUCCGCAACCUUUGAUCUGCUGGCUGUUGACGGAUAUGUAAGAGACAUUCUUGCCAAGACAUCAAAAAGUCAAGAGACUGUGACUAUUGAACCUAAUGGCGACUGGCAUACCAAGGCGUCUGAAGAUAGCAGCCAGGGGCAGACGAACGGCAACUCUGUUAAAAACGAGGAUGACGACGACGACGAUGACCUGGUGAUAUCAGAGGUCAACCCUAUCGGUCAUCGCCGCAUGGAGACCCCUAAGAACGCCACUCCAAGUGUCAACACACCAGUGGCGGCGAGUCGUGAUAGCUCAUCGGCUGGUCCUAGAGGCAUAGCAUCUACCAGCGCCAAACGCCCAGUAGCCGCGAUUAUCGACCUGACCCUUUCUGAUGAUGACGAGCCAGCUCCGCCUCCCAAGAGGCAGAACACUUCAACGAACGGAUACUCAGGAUCAAAUGGCGUAUCUGGCUCCUCUCCAGUCUCGCCUGAUGGAUAUGGGUAUCUCUAG